CGGGGUGUAGACACUUUGAAAGGGUUAUCGAUAACUCCGUGAGAUCGAUACUCGAUCGAAUUGAAAUUUAGCCGAUAUUGUACGUAAAUCGAUUGACGUAAAAUAAAAACAUUGUGAAACGGAUAUACACAGGUUACACAAUGGUAAAAAAGGUUGCCAUAGUAACGGGGGCUAACCGUGGCAUAGGAUACGAGGUCGCUAAGCAACUAUUACAGCAAUUUCCGGGCGACGUGAUAGUAACCGGAAAAGACACCGCAAAGGGUAAAAACGCAUGCGCACAGCUUACCAAACAAGGACUGAAGCCUAUAUGGCACGAACUUGACGUCACACAGUCGGCGAGUAUUCGGAUGUUCUUGGACUAUAUCAACGAACAUUACAAAGGUGUGGACAUUUUGGUCAGCAAUGCGGGGACAAUAUUCCCGAAAGACUCGCCAUUGUCAAUGUACAGGCAAGCCGAACUGACUGUGAAUACAAAUUUUAAAGGUACAAUGAGUCUUUUGAGAUACUUUCUUCCCCUCUUACGCCCACAUUCGCGAGUGGUGGUAGUUUCUAGUGAACUCGGAGUGCUCAAAAGCCUAGGUUCCCGGUUAAGAGAAGAAAUUAACCUGGACAAAGUAACGAUGUACGAACUGGACAAACUCUCUGACAAGUACCUAAACGCCGUCAAAGCUAAGGUAUGGUCAGAGCACGGAUGGCCGGACCGCAUUCUUGAGGCCGUCAGCGUUCUGCAGAACGCGCUCGUGCAUGCGACUGCGCGGGAACUCCGGGGCGACGCCCGGCGGAAUAUCCUCGUGAACGCGGCGUGUCCAGGUUGGACGAAAACGGAGAGCAUGUCAACCUACUUCGAUAACGCCGGUUGUCUCGGCGGCGUUCCCGCACGUGCACCGGAAGAAUCGGCUCGUGACAUAACGUGGUUGGCUCUGUUGCCGAUUGGGGCAACUUCACCGAACGGGAGCUUAGUUUACAGGCGCGAAGUUAUUAAAAACGAUUAAAUACAUGAUAUCAAUUUAGUUGUCAAUCUGUAGUACUAUUACGCUUUAUAUGCGAUGUUAGUAGGUUUUUUUACUGUAAAUUGUUCUCAAUGUUAAUUUAAUAACUUUUCCUUAUGGGAUUAAAUUUGUCAUUUCAUGACCAGAAUAAUACGAUUAUACAUUUGUAAUGGAUUUAAUGUUUGUUAUAUCUUGAAAAUUACUAAAUACAUGUAAUAAACGCAACGAUAAAUGAUGUGAUGGUAACGCUCUAAUUAGUACAUACUAAAUAGUUAUAAUUGAGACUUAAUUAAGAUAGUUCUGGUGCAUGCGAUCAAUGCAUGUAAUUGGCAUUCAAUUCAUACGUCCUUAUGCUAAAAUUAUCAUAUUCGAAACCCAAUAUAGAAAAAACUGUUUAUUAAAGACACUUUGUCUCACAUUAAUGAAUAUUUGCCUUUUGUCAAAGAGUUGAUGUCAAUAUAGUUUGGAUAACAUAAGGUCCCUACAUAAUUCCAUAAUUUCAGUAUUUUAUGUGUAACUCGAGUAAAUAAGCGGACAAUCCAGUUUUACUUUGAUCCAAAUAUAUCACGCUGGGUAUGCGGAUACUUUGAAAACAGAUGGCACUUCGAUACCAGAUAACAACAAAAGCCACGAGCGAGAUGUAAGUUCAUCAGUUUUAUAAUUAUAUAAUAAAGAUUAGUUUUUUAGACAA